UACAUUACCUCUGAGACAGAUCAGAACGUUACCGCUUUAAUCGAGGGUCAUUUCUUACGUCCGCUAACAUGGUCGACAAAGCACCACAGGGUUGUAUACUGAUCUUAGCCAGUAUUAUAAUAUCGGUACUAAGUCUUUCACCCCCAUUGUCAGAAGAGGCGCUAAACUCGUUGGACAAAGACGUUCGCUAUGCUAUACUUCAUUCUAAAAUCCAUAACCAACAUCGCCAUUCUACAAAGACAUCCUUAAAGAGUAUGUAUGUUGGUGUAGGGGGGAAAAUAUACUCCACGCCACAAAUAUUCGCACAAACUAUCAACGUUGACGCCACACAGGCUGUUUCUCAGGACAUCUUGUGGAAGGCGACAGUCAUUGUGUCCUACAUGGUAAAAUACAUGCCCGCGGAUAUAUUUGCUGGAGUAGCGAACAGUCAUGGCGUAGGAAUAUUUACGGCUGCCGAUGGUGCCACUGCAUUUCCUGAGAAUGCACAUCUAGCUGACACUCCUCAAUGCCAUGGAACAUGCAGUGGGGCUUGCUCAUACACGUGUACGACUGACGGACGUAAGUAUUCAACAAUUGCCGGAAUUACCAAUUCCCGAUCUGUGGCACUUUCAACCAAUAUCGGCUGUCAGACUGGCGACCCGCAGGGUGGACAGGAAAACAUCCUUGUGCAUGAAUUUGGACACUUGGUAUUGAUGUAUAUGCCAAAAACAUACAGAGAUCAGCUCAUUACCGCCUACAACUACGCAGCCCAACACCAAGUCUGGUAUCCUGGGUACGAGCUCAGCAACAAAGACGAAUAUUGGGCGGAGGCAACUGCAUCGUUCUUCAAUGUCAUAACACGAGAUGACGGGCCUGCCGGGGGAAUGAACAAGUGUGAAUUUACCCAUAUCUGUACAUCGGAGACAGAGAAUAGAGCUUGGUUAAAAAAGCAUGAUGCAUGGCUAUUCAAUGUUCUCAGCAAAGUCUACACAAACAACCAUCCCGAGUACCCCAGUGGACUGCGGAUAUGUAUGUAACCGUACUAGAGUCAGUUUAUCAUGUCAAAAUAAACAUAUGAGCAUGCAUUUGAUUUAUUGUGGAUUCCGUGGAAAUAAAACAUUUGUACCUCACAACAUGA